GCUUCGAACGUUUGGAGAACUGGAUACCAUAGCUUUGCGAAAGACUUCAACGCUUCAACGCUGUGUAAGCCUACGAAACGCUGCAUUGAUCCUUCCAGAAAGGUAACGUCAACAUCAAGCAGGGGAUCCGAUCCACAAAUAGUAUCGUCGCUCUUCUAGACAUGCACUUUCAGUGAUCGGUGUGUUACGGUGAGCAGCUCACGUGGAAGAGGUACUACCUUGCACGAAACGGUGUAACAGUCUCAAGCCAAGCGCAGUCUCCUGCUGUUAAAACCGCGUCCGCUAAUAGACAUAGACCAAUGAGUCAGUGCUGAGCAGUACAAGUAGACCUUCCAGAGGAGACUCAAGCAGUCACAGUACUGAGAACAUGCAAGUGAAUGCAUACAGCUGAUGGCACCUUGUGAUCUCGGCGAGAAGACAGCAGUGGUACGAGGAUUUGAGUGCAUAUGAGCCAGGCCGCCGUGGAGUUGCGUGAAGACAGCCCAGAAAUGCCCGUAAAGGAGACUCUGAACUUGCCUGACGUUAGGCCUAGCGAAGAAGCAAUGGAACAUCUAGAGGAAGUGGAGAGUGAAGAGGAGGAAGGGGUUGAUGGGGAAGACACCGUGCAACCCGGCCUUCCCAAGUUCCUUCGUCGUUAUGUAAAGAUUGGCAAGUUUGAGCCAGUGUCCUUGCCCAAGAGUGGCGACGUUCGCAUGGGAGAAUCUGAAGCUUUGCUAGAAGCUCCUUCGCUGGUGACACCCUUGCUCAUCAAGAAACCGGACCAGUUCUACACCGAAAAUGGUGGUGCAGCUCGGGAGCCAAAGCCAGAAAAGAAGACUCUUUCGGGGAAAGGGGGCAAGUUUUUGAGCGAAUUUUUCCAGAGCACAGCCGGGGAGUUCUUAAUUGGCAUUGGCCUGAGCCGGGCCCUCGAAGUAUUCAACCGAGAUUUAAUACGAGUUAAGGAACGCGAGAUGAAGAAGCCAGGUGUCAAAACAGAAGACAUGGUGCAGGAGCACCGUAAGCUGGCUCAAGCACACCAGCAGGCAAAAAUGGCCAAUGAACCGUACACUUUCAAGACGAAAUCUUGCAGAGUGUGCGACUUCAAGACUGAAUCGAGUCUUGUCCUGGAAGGUCACCUGCUGAAGCCCCACCUUACGUCACGGCGGGAACUUCAGUGCAGUUUCUGCAAGUACGCAACACGCGAUGCCAAGGCCAUGGUGUUCCACAUGGAAGCUGUCCACCACAAACUGCCAACCAUGGAUCCCCCACCGCAGUUCUACGAAUGCCCCUUUUGUACCUUUGAGACCAAUCUUAAAGCUAAAGCGAAUGCUCACGUCAACCGUUGCCAGAAAUACUUCAACAGCCACAUGAAUCAGCUGCCAUCUAGUGACUUUCAGCCUCCAGGAGUGACAGCCAAGCCGAUUACUAUAGAAGACAUUAAAGCGUACGAAACAUUAUACAUGACAUUGGGCACCAGCGCUCCUGCUAAAGGUGCCCCAAACCGCACUCACCCUUCAGUGCUCCGGAACGGAUCACCUGUGGGCCCUAGAGGAGCAGGCCCAUCGCUUUACCAGAAGCUACUCUUGUCUGCAUCGCAGAAUCAGAACCACGGACGAGGACGUCCCAGGCUAACUUCGAUUCAGCCGACUCCUGCACCGAACAAAGUCUACCAAGUUGUCGGUAGCGGUACAGAAGCGAUUCCACUGCUCGACGGAAGGCCACAGCUGACUGUGGCCCUCACCCAGCCAAUAAAGCCCGCCACCGAUGCCAGUGGAAGACCAGGUCUCCGUGCCGCUGCUUCUCAGCAAGCCCUAUCAGGCCAGCGACCGCGGAUGCCUGCAAUCCUUGACUCCAGCAACUCGGGUGCCAGAGCCUUCGUGAUCUGCGAGAUCUGCGACGGCUACAUCAGGGACCUGGAGCAGCUGCGCACACACAUGCUGUGGAUACACAAGGUCAAAGUCCAUGCCAAGCUUCUCACCUCCCGGCCGCCGCUCAACUGUCAGAAGUGCCAGUGGCGCUUCUUCACGGAUCAAGGGCUGGAGCGGCACCUGCUUGGUGCUCACGGACUGGUCACGUCCAACAUGCAGGAACUGGCCAGCUCCGGCAAAGACAGUGGCCGGUGCACCGUGUGUGGCCGCGUCUACGCCGCCAAGCUGGUCGCCCACAUGGGUCAGGUGCACCGUGUGGUAUUGAAGCCGGCACAUCUCUCCUACAAGUGCACAGUGUGCACGGAGACGUUCAACCUUUACAGGCUCUUUGAAACUCAUGUGUACACAGUGCAUGGUGGGGGUUUAAAGCGUCCUUCUGCUGCUGCUUCGUCGGACGACAAGCCCACAAAGCGACCCGUUACUGCAAAACGGGCCUCUGAUCGUGCAACAACCAAAACAAAGCAAGAGUCGGAGGGAAGCAACGGCAUUUCGGCAAAAUCUGCUCCUAAGUCCCCCACGUCUGGGAGUAGCGAGACAGAGGAGGAAUACGUCACAAAGAUGGCUGUUGCACCAGCGGAGCCAGCUGAUCCUCAAAUGGGUACCCGAUGUGCAACUUGUGAGGAGGACGUGGAAGAUCUGAGGGAACACAUGAAAGAAAAACAUGUGAAGGACUGCUAUGUUCGUGUGUGUCACAUCGAAAAGUGUGACCACUGCCUGCGUUCUUUUGACGGCAUGAUCGUGCUGCAUACAUCGGACUCUGGUGACGAGGACAGCUCGGAGGAGGAAGAGGAUGAUACCGGGCAGGAGCUCACAGAUGCAGAUGGGCCUCCUUGUGCAAAGGAUGCCGGUGGACUAGAUGCGAAAAACCCAGAAGUGGAUGACCAGCAGGCUGAAACAAUGUGAUGUAUCCCGUAGUUCUUACAAGGAGAGUGCAAUAAAACCGUGGAACAGUUUGGUCCGUGUCUGUUGAGCUGUUUACCUUCUGGUGCAGCCGUAGAGUGCGCUAUGGUGAACUGCUCAAAGGUUUCGCGAUAAUGUUCCUUUGCUUUAUUGUCGACACUUUCGAGGCGGCGAUGUGCGGAAUCUUCUACACGUUUUGUCUUCGUUCGGUUUUGGUUCGUGCAAUUGGUUGGAAGCCAGCUGUUGUGACCCUUUUCAUGUUAGCAAAAUAUUUUGCCCAACUAUAGAUGGCGUAGUCAUUUCUGCAAACUGCAUGCACAGGCGCAGUUUGCUUGUGCUUUGACAUUGUAAAUGGGGACUUGUUCUCAUAACAU